GCGCUGAGUUGUUCAGAGUUUUGUUGCGGUCUCAGUUCGAGAAAUGCUAUUGUGGUCGUUUUUCCUGAAGGAGGUUCACCUCUGACCUAUCUUUAGAGUCCUUAUUAAAAUAACUCUUUAAUACUGCUUCUUUAGUCUAAAGUAUUGGAAAGUCACCAGGUGGGGGAAGAUGUGGGAGGGAGAAUUGCGAGACGAAUUUCACAGGAAAUCUCGGGUUGCUUAGCUUCUCUGAGAUUGCAAGACCAGUCCUGUUGAGAUCAGGCUGACCACCUGGCUGUUUUAAUUAAGAGAGGGGAUUGAGAGAAAGAGAGGACAAAGGAUUUAUUAUUGGAUCGCUCCAGUUUGAAAAAAUAAAAACAAGCAACUGCAGGCAAAGGAGGGAAACCUGGUCACUGACUGCAAGGUUUAUUUGUUGCGUUGGGAGGGAAUUCUGAGACAAAAAGACCCAAAGAGCUAACUGAUCACUGGGCCCCUCUGCAGAAUCGUCCCCACAAAGAAAGGCUUUGUGAUAGAGAAACUCUUGCGCUUCUCCUUCCAUCCACUGACGAAUACGCCGUUUUCCGUAAUUACAUUCAUAAGUCCUGAUUUUUCUUUGAAAGUGAUUGCAAGAGAAGUCCCAGAGACUGCUGAAUGGUGAGGAUCUUUAACGCAAAGUGUAUCUGCUUGGAGGAGGGAAGACGUUGAUUACCGAGUUCAGUUUAUCAAGUCGAACUCAGUAGCAAACUUUUUUUUAAAAAAAGAAAACGGAGAUGGCUAAAAAGCAAAAUCAAAAGGAUCCCACUGGAGUCAUGUUUGACACUCGAUUCAAAGCAGUGAUGGCCCAGGGAGGAUCUAAUGACAACAUAAAGGAAAAGAUUAGUGCUGUCCGUGCAAUAGUCCCUAACAGAAGUAAUAAUGAGAUAAUUCUAGUGUUGCAACAUUAUGAUAACUGUGUCGACAGAACAGUACAAGCUUUUAUGGAAGGUUGUGCUGCAGACAUUCUCAAGGAAUGGAGUGUAACAGGAAAGAAAAAGAACAAAAAGAAGAAGAUUAAACCAAAGGCAGAAGUAAAAACAGAACCAGAGCAACUGCAGUCUACAAAUGCAGACAACAAAUGUGCUGUCAAUUCUGGUGAACUGUCUACAACUUCUUGGGAGAAGGACGAAAUAAACAGUUAUCAUGUCAACGGAUCUGUAAAUGAUGAAUCAGUAGAUUCUCUUAGUGAACAGUUAGAUGCCCUUUCCGUGGAUGCCCAAGAGCUGGAAGAUUCAGAAUUGAUGACUCCUGAUAGCGAUAGUAUAAUGGAAUCUGUAACAGAAGAUGAAAAGUGUAAAGCAGAAUCAAAAUUCCAACCCCGCAACUUCCAUAGCUCUCAUUCUACUAAAACAUAUCAACAAAAGAAUACAGCAAAGUCUAGGUCACGAGCUCCUCCAGGAUCACAAACCUCGACCUCCCUUUCCCUAGUCAUGCCAGAUGAUGGUGGAUUUAUUUCAUCUAAGAAUAAAAAAAUAGGUACUAAUAUAGAGAAGUCAGCAAAAGACUUGCAGCGAUGUACUGUGUCCCUAGCUAGGUACCGGGCGGUUAUUAAAGAGGAAAUGGACAUUUCUAUUAGGAAGAUGAAGCUGGCAUUUGCUGAACUACAGAACUGUUUUAUGGACAGAGAGGUGGCACUGUUGGGAGAAAUGGAUAAAGUCAAAGCAGCAGCAUUGGAUAUCUUGGAUAGUCGUCAGAAGAGAGCUGAAGCAUUAAAAAAAAUGACGGACAAUGCAGUCCGCAUGUCUGAGGAGCAGCUCAUGGAACUCAGAGCUGAUAUUAAGCACUUUGUUAGUGAACGAAAAUAUGAUGAAGACCUGGGGCGAUGUGCACAGUUCACCUGUGAUGUGGAAGAACUUAAAGCGAGUAUCCAAGCCUUUGGACAAGUGUCUCAUCCCAAGAACAAUUACUCUGCCAGGUCAAGGUGUAGUUCUGUCUCGUCAGUAUCAGUGACGAGUCGGAGUGAUAUUUCAGCUCCCAACUGUACUUCAGACCUCAGCCUUACUAAGUCGGUGAAGAAUAGUCCAUGUUCUGGAGACAUUUCCAUUGCUUCAGCCAACUCUGCAAACCAAACUUGCUCGUCAAAUCGACUGGUUCCCCAUGGAAAUAGAAGAGCAGGUUAUCGUCCUGGAGAGAAUAGGAUAAAUGGCCCAAGCCACUUUGGAAGAAAUGAAUAUAGGAAUCGGUACCGCAAUGGACCAAAAAAUUACUCUGACAUUCGAUACAAUCCACAAUCUUCACCCCGUGGUUUUAACACUGAUAAGAGCCAAACCUCCAACACUCGAUACAAGCCGCAACCUGCACCCUGUGAUUCUGCCACUGAUGAGAGUCAAAUAUGUUCUACAGCUUCAAAUGAUACAGCUGUAUCUUCUGACCCCAGCCAGUCAUCUUUACCUCCUGUUCCUGCCAGUGCCCUGUCUCAACGUAGGCCAAAAUCAAGUGCAAACAAAACCUCUGUGAACUGCUGAAAGAUUCUGACGUCCAGCAACAUGCCAACGUCAUGGCUAGAUAUGAUGAAACACAAUGGGUUUACAUUGACCUUGUCUGUGCCACCAGUGAUUUGCCUUGCAAUUGUUUCCUCUUCCUCUUUGUUUUCAGAUCAACCUUUUUCAUAUUUUCACAAGUUCUUGAAUCGAUAGUGUCGAUAAUUGUUAUUCCUGGAAGAGGGACCACCACUUGGCUAUACUUUAGAACGUUAUUUAAGCAUUGUUGCCUGGUUUGUCAUGAUUAAAUCAGUUAAUUUUACUUUGAACACAACAGUUUCAAGAAAUCACUAUACAUCUCAAACUGUUAGGAAAUAAAGUGCCUUGUACCUAUAGUGUUCAUUUCAAACCCUUAAAUAUUGCACACACACUUAAAACUCAAAAGGACCAAAGACCUUCAAACUUUGCUGUUAUCGUUGUGCUAGAGAUCACCAUCUAAUUGUAAACGAGUACAAUGGUGACCCUUAAUUUUCUUUCUAAUUAAAGUUAUGUAUUUGGAUGAAACUGUUUUUAGCAGUGAACUGCCUGUAACCUGCAUUUUGUGGAGAUGAUAUGCUGACAGGAUGCCAGAUAACUUUUCCCAUUCAUUCAGGCUAUAUUCACAAAAUAAUUAUAGCACAGUAGUGAAGUGGCUUGCUUUUAUACUGAUACAGUAGUUAUAGUUUGAAUUCAGAGACAGGGCCUGGCUGAUAGGAAACACAGAUUUGCCAGAGGAAAUCGUCUCUACUUCCUUUUGAAGUCAUCCGGCAAACUUAGUGUCAGUGGGAACCUGAAAUCACUUUGGACCUAAUGUUAAAAUUUGUAGUGUGAAUACAGAAGAAUUGAUCCAAAGUUUUAGUGGUACCUUUGCUGAACUAGCUUCUACUAGCUUCUGUCUGUCACACCAAAAGUUCUUUCUAUAUUUUUCCCUGAAUAUAAAUUCACCUAAGUCUGAACAGUGAAUCCACUUUCAGUUCUGCAUGUCUGAGGUGAUUCCCUUUUAAAAUAGGUUUUAGAUGUCAUGGUGGAAGGAAUGUAGAGAGGUGCCACUAAAUGUAGAUGAUGCACCCUUUAGAAAAUAUUUUGCAAGUCUCAUUACA